GCCAACGAUAGGAUAGACCAAAAGUACAAUGGCAGCAGAAAAAGAUCCCAACGAUGUCGAGUUCAAGCGCUUCGACGAUCUCCUUCUGAAAAUCGGUCAUUUUGGAAGAUUCCAGAAGUUAAUGCUGAUUUUCAUCGCCGUCAUUUCCUUUGUCGUCGGCUACCAGAACGUGUCGUCUGUCUUCACACUCAACAUACCAAAACACAGCUAAAUCUCGUGUGUGGAAACAAGAUAUUCAGAUCUCACUCCAACAUGCUUAUGUUUGCUGGAAAGUUCCUCGGUGCCAUCAGCCAAGGAUUUGCGAGUGACAAUGAUCGAAUACAUGGACCCCAAGCACCGCACCAUCGUCAGCUUGGUUAACCGCAUGAGCUUCACACUGACACAGAUGAGCCUCAUUCCCAUCGCCUACCUGCAGAAUGACUGGCAGGUUCUACAGACCAUCAUCAUCUGGCCCUCCGUGCUGCUCUUCCUGGUUAUCUGGUUCAUCCCAGAGUCCUCAAGAUGGCUUGUAGCGAAAAACAAAAGAGGAAGGGCAGAGAAAAUCGUACAGAGAGCUGCCCGGAUCAACAGAGUGAAGCUUCCACAGAACGUGAUGUCGGAGCUACAGGUCAACUCUGACCGGACAUCUGUCUCUCCCUGGCCGCUGUUUAACAACCCCAAACUGUGCGUGCGUUGGGCUGUCAUUUAUUCCAACUGGUUUGUCAUCUCUAUGACGUACUACGGGCUCACCCUGAACGUGUCCAACAUGGGGGGCAAUAUCUUCCUCAACUUUUUUCUCACCGUCAUUGUCGAUUUCGUCGCUUCCACGACCACCGGGCUGCUGGCCGAGAAGUUCAGCCGGAAGCGCUUCCACAUAACUGUCUUGACCAUCGGUGGAUGCGCAUGCGCAGCUUCCUUCAUUCCUGUCAUUACUGGAGGAAACAAAUGGAUUGUGAUCGCAGUGUCUAUGGUGGGCAAGAUGGGCAUAUCUAGCGCCUAUUUCCUGAUCUAUCAGCUGACAGCCGAGUUAUUCCCCACUACAUACAGGGCCUUUGGCCUCGGCUCUUCUUCCAUGGUGGCAAGGAUUGGGGGAAUUGCCUCCCCUUAUAUAGCAGACUUGAACACCUACGUCCAGGGCCCGUUCGGCGAGGUGUUGCCUCAGUUGGUGUUCGGCGGAGCGGGAAUUGUGGGAGGACUUCUGGCCCUGCUACUUCCGGACACCAGGAACCGGAAGCUGCCAGAAACCAUCGCAGACGCCGUGAAUUACGAUCAGGCCACAGUCGUCACUGAGCACAACAAUGAUGCGACAAAAGAAACGGAACUCGCGGACUCUAAAAUAUCUGAGGAUGAUGAACAGAUUUUGAAAGAGCACGUAUAAUUUUGUAGAUAUAAUUAAUUUUUGUUGGUGCCAUUUUGCCUGUAUGUGGAAUAAAAAGUCUGCGCAUUUGAGCAAUAA